GCGUUAGCUUCAUUUCAAAGACACUAAGGAAAUCUGUAACAAUACAAGCUAUGUCGAGUACUUCAGCAUUGAUCUUUUCAUGCAAAGUUCAAAUGGAGUCGACCUGCAAAUUUCAGCCUGCCAUUACACGUUUUACCCAUUUCUUGGUGAUAUCAAAACACAAGGCAAAAAGGCAUCGGAUCAUUAGAAAGCAGAAUCUGCAAUUUCUGGGCACUAGUAUUUGGUUGAGAAAUAUUGACAGAGACAAGAACAUGGUCGUUCGUUGCGGUGUCGGACCGGGACCCUCAAAUCAUGGUCCUGGUUCCUGGAAACUUUGGGUACUGGGAAUUCUGCUGAGUGUAGUCCUACCCUUUUGGAGGAGCAAAUGGGGUCCAUUGUUAAAACUGAAAGAUGAAAACGCUGAAACUGUAAUAGAAAAAGUAGAAGCGGUGACGAACACUGUCAAAAAAGUGGCGGAGCAAGUGGAGGAGGUGGCGGAUGAAAUCGGAAAUAAUCUGCCAGAAGGCCGACUUAAAGAUACCCUUGAAAUUGUCGAAGAUGUGGCUCAAAAUACUGCUGAGGGUGCACGUUUUGCUGGAGAAUUCUUUGACCAGGUCUGA